AUGCCAGGCAAUCCGUCCAUCACCAUCUCUCAACACCACCGCUUCGCCAGUCCGCCCCGCUACCCUCCCUUCUCGGCCGCCCACCACGCCUCAGCGGCCCCAAUGGCCAUCCCGAGAGCACAGGACGCCGUGCCGCCACCCUUACCACCCCCCAACUACAUAUCAGAGAUUUCCCAGGGCCACGAUCCGGGCUGGCAGUGGGGCAAUGAUCCAAAUGGCGCGGACUUCGGGAGGCCCGCCUCUGUGAAACCCGGCAGCAGUCUCCUAGGUGGAGCGUUGAUGAGGAGCGUGAGGCAGGAGAAAGAGCAGGACCAUCUUCCAUACCACUCCUUCGACGAUGCACGACGGGGGAGCUCCAUUUCGACCGUCACGGUUACUCGAGACUACGAGGCGUCCGAGGGCAUGUUGACCCCCAACGAGGACGAUUGUGGUCUGUCACGACCUCCAUCGAAUUACAGACUGCACGGCGAGAAACAGCUCGAGCAACGAACGCUGGAAGAGUCGUCAAACACCUACGACAAGCAACUGCUGAGCCGCAUUGGAGGCCCCAAUGGCGGAGCUGGGACGCCGAAAAGGACGUCGAUUUCGUACGGCGCAUCGUCGAGCGUUCAGGAAACGGCGCAGCUCGCACACGCGGAGCAACAACUCCAACACCAACAACUGCGGCCAUUGUCGAUGCCUGAGCGACACGGACGGCAAACUUCGCUCGACUCGCCGGCUAGCUCGCGCUGGCCCUCAUCGGGCGCCGUUUCUCCAGGAUUUACCGGCUCACGCUUGUGGCCAGAGCACGGACCCCCGCCCGACCACAGCCGCAACCUCAGCCAGAGCGCGAGCGCGGGCGCAGGCGGACAUGCUCACAGCUCGCACACGCACACACACCCGCUCUCCCACACGCACUAUUCCCAGGCCCUCCCGCCCACGCGCAAUGCCAGUCUGACCUUCGACGACAGCGUCUCGCAGCGCGGCAGCUACGACCACGCCAUGUUUGCGCACGACGACCUGGCGGAAGACGGCCCCAUGAGUAAUCUCAACCUCCACGACCGCAGCCCCGGCUCGUCUGUCGAGCUGCAGCUGAACGCCAGAGCCGGUACCAAGCGGCGCGCGUCUUCACCGCCACGCGACGCAUCACGAGAGGAGCGAUCAUCAGUCAGCAGCACCUCUGGCCACAGCGAGAUCUAUCACAGGCGUUCCAUCCAGCAGCUGCCCAGCAGAGGCUCCCCCGUCUCGCGCUUCCACCCCAACCACUCGUCGCUGUCUUCAGCCUCAUCGUUCGGCCCGCGACAGAAUUCCUUGGGCUCUUCCCUCGGCGUAUCCAGCAUCCCCAGCAGCGCGACCAGCUACGGCUCCGGUGGUCGCCUCUCCCCCAGUGCCUUGUCCCCUGCCUAUGACCCAAACUCGGAUGUUCGCAUGGCUAGCGCCAAGAACUUAGAUCCUAACCCUGCUUCGGCGAACCACCAGCGCACGCACUCUCAAAGCACGCAGGGAGGUGCCCACAGGACGCCGACAGGCAGCGCUUCACAUUCACGGACUAGCAGCGUCUCCCAGCUGCAGAGUGUCUACAUUUGCGAAUGCUGUCCCAAGAAGCCCAAGAAGAUUGACACUGAAGAGGAGCUGAGGCUUCACGAAUCUGAGAAGCAGUACACCUGUGCUUACUGUCCGAACCGAUUCAAGAAUAAGAACGAAGCCGAGCGACACCAAAACUCCUUGCAUCUACGUAAGAAUUCCUGGAGCUGUGCCGCGCUCUCAGGUGUCGAGGCCGCCUUUCAUGGAUCAUUAUCUGGAAACGGGACCGACAUCUGUGGCUAUUGCGGUGAAGAAUUUCCCAACCCUCCCCAGUGGGAUGUCAGAGCCGAGCACUUGAACCAUGUUCACAAGUUUGGCGAGUGUAACCAGGCGAAGAAGUUCUUCAGAGCGGACCAUUUCCGGCAGCAUCUCAAACACUCGCAUGCUGGCACCAGUGGGAAGUGGACCAACAUGCUCGAGAUCGCAUGCAUGAAGGACGAACCCCUACCGGAAAAGCGUGUCAGCCAUGCUGCAAGCUCGGCACAAGCCAUUCACCGCGCCGAUACCGUUUCGGCACGGCGUGGACACAGAUCUGAAGGCUUGAUGGAAAGGUAA